AUGCGACAGGACGGAUCCAUGCAGAUGGCCGCACCACAGAAAGAAGGCUCAGAUCAGAACUUUGAUUACAUGUUCAAACUGCUGAUCAUUGGAAACAGCAGUGUAGGAAAAACGUCGUUCCUCUUCCGAUACGCUGACGACUCCUUCACGUCAGCGUUUGUCAGUACGGUUGGCAUCGAUUUUAAAGUCAAAACCGUUUACAAAAACGACAAAAGGAUCAAGCUGCAGAUCUGGGACACAGCAGGGCAGGAGCGCUAUAGGACCAUAACCACAGCCUAUUACCGUGGUGCCAUGGGCUUCAUUCUCAUGUACGACAUCACCAAUGAGGAGUCGUUUGGGGCGGUGCAGGACUGGUCAACCCAGAUUAAGACGUACUCCUGGGACAACGCCCAGGUCAUCUUGGUGGGAAAUAAGUGUGACAUGGAAGAGGAGAGAGUGGUUUCUGUGGAAAGCGGGCGGCUGCUGGCAGAACAGCUGGGGUUUGAAUUUUUCGAGACGAGCGCCAAGGACAACGUCAACGUGAAACAGACCUUCGAACGACUGGUAGACAUCAUCUGCGACAAGAUGUCGGAGAGCUUAGAAACCGAUCCGGCCGUUACCACGGGAACCCCCAACGCCCGGCUCACGGACAACCCUCCGCCCUUACAGCAGCCCAACUGCGGCUGUUAG